GUUUUGAUACAAGGGAGUGGAUAAAUCAAGGUAUGCUUCUUUGCUUGAUGAUAAGGACCUUGAACACCCGGAGUACCGUGGUACACACCUGGAACAGACGCUCCCAGUGCAAUUUCAUGAUUAUCAUCCGCUAAAGAGAGGCGGUGUUCUUAGUCCUGUGCUUAAAAUUAAUUCUGCACCCACACUAGAUCCAGGUCCCAAGUAUCACACUUCCAACCUAUAAGGAAUCAAAAAAUCACAAUAGCGCUCUUCGUUCCCCCUCCUCUUUUUGUUCUCCUUCUUUAGGCAUCUACCGCAAAACCCUACUGUAUCCAUACUAGACAUGCCUCCAGUCCGCCUCUCACAUCGUCGACGCUCAUCCUUGGCCAUUACGGCUCUCCACCCCAUCAAAGCAGGCAUAUACGGAAUAAACACGACUCCCUCACCACGAUCAGUUACAUUCGCACCUAAUGUCACACCAGUCACCUUCACAGAGACUGACGAGUCCUUUGCAUCACCAACUCCCGAACCUUCAUCCCCAACAACCCAGCUCUUCCCCCCCUCAGAGCUGCCCCCAACAACCACAAGGAGACGUGUACCUCCUGGCAAGCGCCGGUCGCUAGGUUACAUCCCACGCCCCCCGAACGCGUUCAUGCUGUUCCGUGCCGACUUCGUCCGUCAGAAGCACGUUCCUGGCUCCAUCGAGACUAACCACGGUUCACUCUCCAAGAUCAUCGGUAAUUGCUGGAGAGCCCUUCCCCUCGAGGAAAAGCGCGUAUGGGAGAUCAAGGCCAAGCACGCCAAAGCCGAGCACAAGGCGCGCUACCCUGAAUACCGCUUCCGCCCGGUCCACAACAAGAACAAGGAGAAGAAAAAAGAAAAAGCAACGCCUACGCCCGAAGACGAGCGGCGCUGUGAAGAGGUUGCUCAACUUCUCCUCGAAGGGAUGAAGGGCGAUGAGCUCGCUGCUGCUAUUCGCAAGCUCGACGCGGGCAAGGUGCAUGUCCCGACCCCUGCGUAUCUUUUGAGGCGGCCUUCUUCUGUCCCGCUUCCGGAUUCGCGGUUCGGUGCUGCGGGGAUUACGAUCCCGACGUUGCCUUUCUUCGCGGGAUCGCGUCCUGGGUCGCCUGUUGGGAAUAUUUCUCGCUCUGCUCGCUAUAUUCUUGGUCAGCGCAGAGCCUCGAGUGCCCAGCCUACUAUUUCCAGCUCAUGGGGUCUCGCUCCACCCACUUCCCUCCAGCGCGACGACUCUCCUCUCCCAGAAGCCGACACAAGCCUAUUCGAGCCCUCAUUCUUCAACUCGACCUUUAGCAGCCAAACCACGCAGCCUGAUUUCGCAUUCAGCUUCAACCAGAUGAUCUCCACAUAUCCCCCACACGCAUCACAAGACUUUGGCAUUGCCCCUCUAGACCCACUUCACGAUCUCUCGAUAGACAUCAACGCUAUGAAUUUUGACCUGAACGAUCCCCCAGCUUGGAUGCCGGUGCCGGCGUCGGCGUCGACGGAGUACAAUAACUCGCAGUCUUCAUCCUCGUCUCCGUAUACGGGUUCGCCUGCGCAUUCUGAUAUGUCUCUGCCUGGUGUGGUCGUUGCGCCGCAGCCGCAGCAUGCGGGCGCGGGCGCGCCGUUUGAGCUGUGGCCUGAUAUGUCCCAGCAGUUCGGGCUUCCUACCAAGGAAUUGGGCUUGGACGGCUUGCAAUUGGGCUUGGGCUUGGGCUUGGGCAUGGACGGUUCCGGUGAAGAUCUCUCCGGCUACCCAACAUCGAGUGACAUCGAUGGGUUGUUCCCACCGUAUGAGAACCAUGAGGGUUCCAUCAUGUCGUCGAUGUCGAUGGGUUUCGGAUAUAAUCCGUACUGAUUGAUCGUCUCGGUUCGCCGCAUAUCCAUCAUUUAUCCAUGUGCAUACCCAUCCCAUCUAUCUCUGUCCAUAUCGAUUUCUUUCAUCGCCAUCUCCAUCGCCAUUCCCAUCGUGGUUUCUCGUUUCCAACCUACACGAUCCAUCAAUGUCUGUAUGUAUAGCUAUUUUUUCUUUUAUUGAUUGGUCGACGUAGAUAUGAUCUGAUGUCCCUUUUCCCUCUUUCCCUUUUCCUUUUUCCUUUCCUUUUAUCUGUCUUUAUAUAUCCUUGCUCGAGCAUGCUUGACUUUGUAUUUUUAUCACCCUGCUUUGUUGUCUCGGAUUGUGAUUGUGAUUUAUGGAUCCUCCCACCCCACCCAGUUGUAUCCAUAUAGUUUCCUUGAAUAUUAUACCCUUGCUCCCCCUC